AUGUCGCUCAAGGACGAGAUCCGGGCAGUCGCCAGCUCGAUGUUUGACGAAAUGCUAGACGACCUCAUCCUCACCACCGCCAUAUCGGCCCAUCGCGAGAUCAAGCGAGGCAGGGCCAUCUGCGGAACAUGUGGUACAAAGUGCAGAAGCCAUGUUCCUGUUCUGCCCUCCAAUCCUACCAGCUCUUCGAGCUCGGUCCAAGCGUCCCGCGCAGAAGGCUCCGGUAGUUCCUCGCGAGCCCAGACACCGCAAUUGGCUUCUGAACCUGGUGGACGAACCGGAGGAUACGCCGUGGGACCCGAGAAGGGUACAGGGGGAGCCACAGGGAUAGGGAGCGGCAGUGGAAGGAUGGAUUCGAAUGGCAAUGUCUUCUUCGACUGUCUCGUCUGUUCUAGGCCGAUUGCAUCAAACAGAUACGCUCCGCACCUCGCAAAGUGCUUGAACUUGGGUGGAUCGACGAGACGAGUGGCGGCAAGGUCUGCGGCUGUAAAGGCCCGAUUGGGGACAGGCCACGAUCGGUCCAGUCCAUCGCCUUAUCUGGGGAGCGACGGCGGCGAGUGGACCUCUGAUGCCGACAGUACUUCUAGCAAGAAGAAGAGUGAGACCUAUGACUCGAGUGCAAUGGACAAGACUGACUGGAUGCGCGCAGAGACCGCAAAUGGUACAGGCAAAAGGAACAUCUCUCCGACCAAGCCUGCGCCCAAAACCAAAAAGGCCAAGCUCGCCUCUGCUCCUACCACUCCUGCCUCUACACCCCAAUUCCCUCGCCAAGCCCUGCCCCCUUCCAAACUUGGGCGCCCCCCGACAAACCGUCAACCCACAUUCAACUCCUCUCCUGUUUCUUCCCCGGAAAAGUCUGUCAUAUCUGUUGCGAGCUCUUCCACUGGUGGAGGGGGAGGAGGGGGAGGGGGUGGAAUGACUGGGUUGAAGACCUUGCCGGGGGUCAGGAACGACGACAGUGAAUUCUUGCCAGAUGCUGCUACUGGUGAUGACUCUAGCGAGGCUGCCGACGACGAUUACUAG